ACGAGCCACCUCUGGCCAGUAAAAUAAAUAAAUUAAAACUAAAGGAAAUGCCACAUCUAACGAGGAGCACACAUCUUAGAGAAGAAAUGAAGCCCAUCUUUGCCUUGUUCGUAGUCUUGUCGCUUCUCCUGGUUGCCAACAUCAACUUAAGCCAUGCAAGAAAAGACCUGGGGGAUUAUUGGAAGAAAAUGAUGAAUGACCAACCCAUGCCUGAAGCAAUUAAAGAUCUUAUUCAAGAUCAACAGGUACAAGAUGCAACAGCAGAUCAUUUUAUAAGGUACUUCGAUAUGAAGCCUAAUAUCAUUUUGUAUCACACCCAUGUUGUGUCCAAGAAGCAGCAGCAGCAAAAAAGGCUUUUGACCACAAGUUUAAACCAGUCUCAAGGAACGGAAAGGCAUGGUUGAACAAACCAUAAAAAAUGGUUGAAGGCUAAAGCUGUUAGAAUUAAUAAUAAAAAGAAAAUGAAAGUACGUAUUAAUCAAGCAAUAAGGAGGUACUGUAUUAAGCAAGUAAGAUUGUGCAGUAAUUAAGGUUGCUACUUUUAAUUUCUCCCUAUGGAAUGAAUCUCUUUAUUAACUCCAUGAGUUUCUUUAAAAA